AUGGGCAACGCAUACAUGAUUGAACUGCACCGUAAGAUGCGUACGCAUCCUACGAUUUGCGUUGGACGUCUCCGCCCGUACUAUCAGUACGAGCCCGUUUCGAGAUGCGAGGAACACCUCCGCGGUCGAGAGCCGAGACCACCUUCUAGUGGUCCCGUUUCAACAAGCCAGUCUGGUCGACUAGCGAAUCGACCUGUUCACGCAGUUCAGCGAUGUCUCGACGAGCUGCAGCUAGCUCGUCACGAAGAGAACGAAUCGAACGUUUGUUAUGAAGUUGCGCAAACGCAAAAGCGGCACGAUCGUCCGAACGAUCGUGCGCUAAGGAGUUGUAAUUAUCCCUUACAAGAUCAGAAGGCUCAUAACGCCGAGUCCGUGCAUAAACCAGUUCAUCUUGCAACUGUUCUGUUACACGGUUUAGCUCCUGAACAUCAAGCUGAUCCGACCCUCGAGACGAAUCAGGUGUUCCCGCCGCCUCCACAUCUUUUGAUGGACUUAGGCGGUGGUCAACGCUUUCUAGUGGAGCGUAUUUUGAACCACCGCAACGUGAAUGGCGUCCGAACGAGUUACCUCGUCCGCUGGCGUGGCUAUUCACCGGCGUGGGACAGCUAA